UUAAAUCAGCAGAGCACUCCUGUCAUAUAGACAGGAUCUUUGACUAGCGUUUUUGCAAUAAGUCCUUAAAACCAGAAUAAGGCUCUUGUCAAUUAGAGGAUCUUUUUUUUCUUGUGUUCCACAUGUAGGGUUAAAUAUGUAAAACUAGGAAGAGAAAGAAGACAUAAAACAACAUGAUGCUGUACUGCAGUAGAGAGUACCUUCAUCCUACAUUUUGUACAUUUUUUAAGUGACUAACCGCUUAACAGGGAGGAGAAUAAAAGACAACCACUUAAAACUUGGCCAGAAGGACACAUUUUGUCCACACUCACAGUUACAUAAUAUCUAAAUGAAGCGAAGAAGAAGCGUAAAAAAAAGUAGGCCUUGUUGUUGUCGGGGGAGGGGCGGGCUGUCCUGCGCAGUGAUAUUGGCGCAGGAGCGGAGGGUGAUGAGUCCCCGCGACUCCCUGACGCCAGGCCGCAUCACGCCACGCGCGGAGUGGAGCUCACUACAGGGGACACCAUCCUGCCGCCGCCGCCGCACAAGACUCACAAGAAAAUCAUCCAUUUUGGAUAUCCUCAAAGACCUCAACAGCGACCCUUCUCUAAAACUGGACCUCCAUCUGCCGCCCCACCCUUCUUUUGCCCCAGCAGAGAAGGAGAGCGGGAGGGCUGCCCCGUCCAUCAUGAACGUCACCUCGCUCUUCUCCUUCACCAGCCCGGCUGUCAAGCGUCUGCUGGGCUGGAAGCAGGGCGACGAGGAGGAGAAGUGGGCCGAGAAGGCCGUGGACGCCCUGGUGAAGAAACUGAAGAAGAAGAAAGGCGCCAUGGAGGAGCUGGAAAGGGCGCUCAGCUGCCCCGGUCAGCCCAGCAGCUGCGUCACCAUCCCCCGCUCGCUGGACGGCCGGCUGCAGGUGUCGCACAGGAAGGGCCUGCCGCAUGUCAUCUACUGCCGCGUGUGGCGCUGGCCCGACCUGCAGUCUCACCACGAGCUCAAGGCGCUCGAGUGCUGCGAGUACCCAUUUGGUUCCAAGCAGAAGGAUGUGUGCAUCAACCCUUACCACUACAAACGUGUGGACAGCCCAGUGCUGCCCCCUGUGUUGGUACCGAGGAACAGCGAGUUCAACGCCAAGCACACCAUGCUGCCCCGCUUCCGCAACCCUUUACAGCAGAACGAGCCGCACAUGCCUCAGAACGCCACAUUCCCAGAGUCCUUCGCGCCGGGCAACCCCGUGCAAUUCCCACAUUCACCGGGAAACAGUUUCCCGAGUUCGCCGGGCGGCGGCAGCAACGCCACUUUCCCCAAUUCACCCUCCAGCUCCGACCCCGGCAGCCCUUUCCAAAUGCCAGAGACGCCCCCUCCUGCGUACAUGCCCCCAGAGGAGCCGAUGACUCAGGACUGCCCCCAGCCGAUGGACACCAACCUCUUGGUGCCGACUUUGCCUCUUGAGACGAACAACCGGGCAGAUGUGCAGCCCGUGGCCUACGAGGAGCCCAAGCACUGGUGCUCAAUUGUUUACUAUGAGCUCAACAACCGCGUCGGCGGGGCCUUCCAGGCGUCCUCCACCAGCGUGCUCGUAGACGGCUUCACUGACCCCUCCAACAACCGCAACCGCUUCUGCCUCGGUCUACUCUCCAAUGUCAACCGCAAUUCCACCAUCGAGAACACCCGGCGGCACAUCGGCAAAGGUGUCCAUCUGUACUACGUCGGCGGCGAGGUCUACGCCGAGUGCCUGAGUGACAGCAGCAUCUUCGUCCAGAGUCGCAACUGCAACUACCACCAUGGCUUCCACCCCACCACCGUGUGCAAGAUCCCCAGCGGCUGCAGCCUGAAGAUCUUCAACAACCAGGAGUUUGCCGAGCUGCUGGCCCAGUCGGUCAACCACGGCUUUGAGGCCGUGUACGAGCUCACCAAGAUGUGCACCAUCCGCAUGAGCUUUGUGAAGGGCUGGGGAGCCGAGUACCAUCGCCAGGAUGUGACCAGCACCCCCUGCUGGAUUGAGAUCCACCUGCAUGGACCCCUGCAGUGGCUGGAUAAGGUUCUAACUCAAAUGGGUUCCCCCCACAACCCAACAUCAUCUGUCUCCUAGACCGUCCUUGUGGUCAGCCACAGCAUUUUUAGCCCAAGUAGCAAGACCGGUGGUCCCGAGCGGGUCCCAGACCAGUUUAUACCUGAUUGCCUGAGUUAGACGACAUAACAAGCCGCUGAUCUGGGACCUGGUUUGUUUUCUACUUGAAGGACGUCUAAGUGGGCACAUUUACAGACUGGGAGAGGAGCAAGCAGAGAGAGCGUGAUGCAACUGGAAGAUACUUGAUCUCUGUGACCAACCAAAAUAAUCCAACCAUCACACUCCUCGAUGAGCGCCCGCUGAUUUUUGUUCCGUUUAUUCUCGAUCAUGCCUAUAUGCAAACCUUCGCUUCCAAGCAGUACUGUUCGGUUUGGACCUUUUCGGGAUCAAGUUCUGUCGAUUUGGAUAACAUAAUAAUGCUAAAAAACCUCAAUAGCCGUACCGUCCGCAUGGCUAGUAAGGAACUAGCUACUACUGGCUCGCUUAUGCUGCAUGCACAAAGAACCGUCCCUGUGUAUUUGCUUUGUAUUUGGUCGAUAAUGUUGCAGUACUGCCAGAAAACUGUAGGGCAUUUUGGAGCUUGCUUUCAAAGCUUGCGACUGCAGCCUGGCGAAUCAGAAUCCGAUCCCCCGAUUUUCGUAACCAUCCAUGACCAGAUUUUGUAAUGCAUUUAAUCAAUCCGAUGUUUGGUUAGUGUUACAUCAUGUUUACCAUUACAAACCAUGCCAAACCGAGCUGUACCGAACUGUACCGCUUUGGUUUUUAGCAUACGUUGUUCAAAUCAUUAUGCAACAUUCCAGGUCACUGGGAUUGCAGUCUAUUCAUGACAUGUAUGAAAGUUAGUAAAACUCAGUGUAUAAAAUGUCAAUGUCAAUCAUUACUAAAGAAUAUAAGAGGAAUUUCGGGGAAUUUACUCGAGUAAAUUGCACGAAAUAAGGGCAUUUCCGAUGUUUCAAAUGUUUAAAUACCGCUCAUUGUCAUUUGUUACGCUUGUGUUUUUAACGAUAAAGUUUUUGGUGCAAAUAGUGUUUCUAGAUGUAUUCAAUGUUAGAAUAUGUGCUGUGUUGUCUGGUUUUGCAACUGCGUAGUUUUGGGGGUAGUGUAGCGCUACACGUAACUUGACACGGCUCGGCAUGUAUUCAUCAAAAGUACGCACACAUUAACUGAGCAAGAUUUGUUUGUUGGUUGUCGAAAUGAAAUGACUGAAAAUGUCGAGCAUUCACAUAUAAGUUCAUUGUGUCCAAAAAAAAAGUGUUACCAAUAGGCCAUCCAUAUCAAUUUUAUGUUGUCAUUCAUUUUUUAUUUGCUGUUAAACUGUUAUACUCGCUACAUUCUUUUUGUAUUUUUCAUGUUUUUGUCUGCACUUUCGCACAUUGCCUCUUUUUUUCCAUCAAUAUUGUUUUUUUCCCCCCAAUUUUGGCUCAGUCAAACUCCCAGAAAAGCAGUUUUAUUCCAUGAAUACCAGGACUCUACUGGAGAAUUCAAAUAAAUUUGUUUCAGUAUUUGGA